CGACGUUACAGCUCUCUUGACAUCGUGGCGAGAUCAUAGCACCACCAGGACCCUGAAGCGACCAGAGGAGGCAGAUUCUGCACUUGACCAAGUGAAGAAGUCAGAAAAAACAGAGGUCAAAUAAUCCCAAAAGCCAUGGCCCAUGUAAGGGGUUGGUGACAUUCAGGGAUGUGGCCAUAGAGUUCUCUCAGGAAGAAUGGAAGUGCCUGGAACCUUCCCAGAGGGACUUGUACAGAGAUGUGACUCUGGAGAACUUCAGUCACCUGGUCACACUAGGACUUUCCAUUUCGAAGCCUGAUGUCAUCUCCUUAUUGGAGCAAGGAAAAGACCCAUGGAUGGUUACGGGUGACGUGGCAGGACCGUGGUAUCAAGGCUUGGAGUCCACGUGUGAGACAUUUCCACAAAAACAUAUUUUUGAAAUAAAGUCUUUCAAUUGGGAGUUCAUGGAAACCCUUAAAAAGUGUGAUCUUGAGGGCUCCAGUUUUAGAGGUGACUGGGAAUGCAAAGGCCAAUUUGAGAGACGAGAAAUAAACCAGGAGUGCUAUUUCAAGCAAGUGGAAAUCAUCUAUGAAAACAUGCCCGGUCUCGAGCAUCACAGAUCCCUCACUCCCCAUCAGCGCGGUGGGACCAGCGAGAAACUGAUUGCGUGCACUGAAUGUGGGAAAGCAUUUAGCCGCGGCUCACACCUCAGUCAGCAUCAGAAAACCCACACUGGUGAAAAGCCCUUUGACUGUAAGGAAUGUGGGAAGGCCUUUAGCCGUGCCUCACACCUUGUUCAACAUCAGCGAAUUCAUACAGGUGAGAAACCUUACAGCUGUAAGGAAUGUGGGCGGGCCUUCGGGAGGACUUCGGAGCUUAUCCUACACCAGAGGCUUCAUACUGGUGUCAAACCUUAUGAAUGUAAAGAAUGUGGAAAGACCUUUAGGCAGCAUUCACAGCUUAUUCUGCAUCAAAGAACUCAUACAGGUGAGAAACCCUACGUGUGUAAAGACUGUGGGAAGGCUUUCAUCCGUGGCUCACAACUUACUGUCCAUCGCAGAAUUCACACAGGUGCUAGGCCGUACCAGUGCAAAGAGUGUGGGAAAGCCUUCAGACAGCACUCUCAGCUGACUGUCCAUCAGCGGAUCCAUACUGGGGAGAAGCCCUAUGAAUGUAAGGAAUGUGGGAAGGGCUUCAUUCACAGCUCAGAAGUUACUCGGCAUCAGAGAAUCCAUUCCGGGGAGAAGCCCUAUGAAUGUAAGGAGUGUGGGAAGGCCUUCAGACAGCACGCGCAGCUCACGCGUCACCUGAGAGUUCAUACCGGUGACAGACCCUAUGAAUGCAAGGACUGCGGGAAGGCCUUUAGUCGCAGUGCAUACCUUAUUCAACAUCAGAGGAUCCAUACAGGAGACAAGCCUUACGAGUGUAAGGAAUGUGGGAAAGCCUUCAUUCGCGUUUCACAGCUGACCCACCAUCAGCGAAUUCACACCUGUGAGAAGCCCUAUGCAUGCAGGGAGUGUGGGAUGGCCUUCAUCCGUAGUUCACAGCUUACUGAACAUCAGAGAAUCCACCCUGGCAUCAAGCCUUACGAAUGUAGAGAGUGUGGGCAGGCCUUUGUGCUUGGCUCUCAGCUCAUUGAACACUACAGAAUCCAUACUAGUUAGCAAGCCUCAGAUACGAGGGACACAGAAAAGCCACUGGAGUUCACACAUGGCUCAAUAUUAGGUCAUUAUCAAUGUAAUUGAUGUCAGAAAACCUUCACUUGUCACUUCUGUUGUGGAACAUUAGAGUAAUAUACCAGAAGAAAAUUCAAUAAAUGUGGGCGUUCGUCUCUCUUACUGCUUA